UACCACCGUCGGCUCUAUGAUCGGGGAAUAAUAGAUUCCGAUAGCCAGGGAGGUACAGUAUAUAACCCCCUUCUCAUUCCCAAAGUCAUUGUUCGUCUUCUCUAUUCAACCUCCUAAAGUCCUUUGGAUAUCAAGUCCUCUCAAUCGACCCCCUUCGCCCUCCAAGUCAUCAACCUCCCCCAAUGCUUCGCCCCCUCUUCCUCACCCUCCUCCUCUCUUCCCUUCUCACCUCCACAUCCUCUUCCCCUACGCCCGCUCCUCUUCAGCGCCGCCACUCCGACUACACAUCCCACUCAGAACCCAGCAUCUCCGGCUCCUAUGCCUCGGCCAUCAGCGCCGCUCAACCCAGCGAACCCCCAUCGUUACCUACCGAAGACACCCCCGACCUCCCCACCGUGACGGGAGGCUCGGAAAUCCCGACUGACUUAGGGGACUCUGAGACCCCAACCGUGACUGGACAGUCCGAACCCCUCAACAGCCCGAAUGACUCGGAGGUCCCAAGCAUACCGAGCAACUCGACCUCAAGCGCGACGGACGAUCUAGUAACUCCAAGUGUGACCUCCGACCCCGAGCUCCCCAUUAGCGCGCCACCCAGCAGCGCCGCAUCGUCGGGACGCUGCACGCCAUCACGCACGCGAAAGACACCGAAGCCGACGCGGACGCGGAAGCCAACCAGGACGGGGAAACCAGGGACGACGCCAAAACCAACCAAGACGCCGAAGCUGAGCAGGGCAGUGAAGCCGACUAAGACGCCCACUCGACGACCAGAACGCCCCGAGCCGACGAGGCCAGCGAAGCUCGGGAAGAAAUGUGUGCCGCCAGAUAUGAAGGAUGGGUGGAGGAUGCGGAUUGGGAUGUGUUUUGGAGGUGGGUGGAAUGUAUGAAUGAGCGGGAGCGGGGUUAAGGGGAUGCUGGGGUUCUGGAUGGUGCUGUGGAUAUGAGGGAUUGGGGGGAGGUAGUUGACUUGGGGGGAAGAUAGGAUAUUGGUCGCGAUGGGUUUGUAGGUGAGGUUAUGGGAUGAAUGCUAGAUGGUCUUCGGCUUCAAGCUACGAUUGCUCCCAGAGAUCAAGGCAGGUAUCUGGAAUCUUACCAUGCUUCCCUGCUGUAGUCAAUGGCCUUACAGGGUCAUUUUCAAGGAAGGCGGUAUCCCUUACCUGUUAAGAAGUAGCGCUGCGAAUUGUUCGAAAUAUUCCCUUUCAAAAGCCCCCAACGAACAUGAAAUCUACAAGAACUCCAAGUCCCAACAGGUAUCCAACCAUCCUUUUGACCUAAAUCCAUAUCACCCCUUCUAAUCCCUAAACUUGUAAUUUAUGUACUGCUGUUGCUGUUUUGAUACCACUCCCAGCAUGCAAGUG